AUGAUGGACGCCCCGACGCGACCGACGCCUCCGGAGCCGUCCCCGCGGCCCCCGCCCCAGCCCCAGCCGCAGCCGCCCGCGGCCAGGCGCUACGGCGUGCACUUCUCCGCCUCCAGCUUCAUCCAGGCGCCGCUCUCCGCGCUGCUCGAGUACUCGGGCAUCCUCCGCGCCGACCCCGGGCCCCACCACCCCGCCGCCGCGGGGGCCCCCGGCGAGGUCUCGAUCCGGAUCGUCGGGGCCGGCGACGCCUCGCCGUCCUCCCUCCCGGAGGGGAUCAUCGUCGAGGACGACGCCGGGAGGGGCGCGCGCCCCUCCGCCGCGCCCGCCGCCCAACAGACCGCCGCGGCAGGCGCCGAGUCCUCCUCCUCCUCCUCCUCCUACCAGCGCUACGACAUACAGCAGGUCGCGCGGUGGGUGGAGCAGAUACUGCCCUUCUCCCUCCUGCUCCUCGUCGUCUUCAUCAGGCAGCACCUGCAAGGCUUCUUCGUCACCAUCUGGAUUGCAGCGGUCAUGUUCAAGUCCAAUGAUAUCCUGCGCAAGCAGACUGCUCUCAAGGGUGAGAGGAAAAUGUUAGUUCUCGUUGGGAUUACGAUACUAUUUGCCGCUCACGUAUUUGGGGUUUACUGGUGUUACAAGAAUGGUGACCUUAUAAGACCUCUGGUGAUGCUCCCUCCUAAAGAGAUACCACCAUUUUGGCACGCUAUAUUCGUCAUCUUGGUGAAUGAUACGAUGACGCGCCAAACUGCUAUGGUCGUCAAGUGCAUACUACUCAUGUACUACAAGAACACAAGAGGCCGUAGCUAUCGUAGACAGGGUCAAAUGUUAACAGUUGUUGAAUAUCUCCUACUUCUGUACCGUGCAUUAUUGCCUACUCCUGUGUGGUACCGUUUUUUCUUGAACAAGGAGUAUGGGAGCCUAUUUUCUUCUUUAACCACUGGGCUCUAUCUUACUUUCAAGUUGACAUCUGUUGUGGAAAAGGUUCAAUCAUUUUUGACAGCAUUGAGAGCAUUAUCUCAUAAAGAAUUCCAUUAUGGUUCAUAUGCAACGACUGAGCAGGUUGCUGCUGCUGGAGACAUGUGUGCUAUAUGCCAAGAGAAGAUGCAUGCCCCCAUUCUUUUGCGCUGUAAACAUGUCUUCUGCGAAGAUUGUGUCUCUGAAUGGUUCGAGAGGGAGCGGACGUGCCCGCUGUGCAGGGCAUUGGUGAAACCAGCAGACCUCCGGUCAUUCGGUGACGGUUCGACAAGCCUCUUUUUUCAGCUUUUCUAGACUACGCUAUGACGAUAAGAAGACAGAUAAUAGGUGUGCGUGCGUGUGUUUGUUCGUGUUUCUACGAGCAGAGCGGCCCGGUCUGGUGCUGAAACGGAUCUCCACGUCCUUCCCUGCUGAAGGACUGCAUGAGUGCGUUGUUUCUGAGUGUGCAUAUUAGUAAUCCCCUGUAUAGGUUAUAAGAAGUUUUACGUGACCCUAUAUGAUUUACAUAAAUAGAAAUGAGUAUAUAUAUGUAAUACUGUACAACAUAGCUUGUGGUGACAGCUUCAA